AUGUCAGACAUGGAGAGAGGCAACACAGAAGACAAAUUUGCAGAAUUUGGCCUUGUGGCACCGCAGAUUGACUGCCAAUGCUGCCAAGCUGCCGAGGCAGCAGCUGAACUUGACGUCAGUGCUGCAUUGGUUUUGCAAUUGGUGGGUGAUUUGGAAGAGGUAGUAGACGCGGCAGAGCAUGACCUGCCGGCAGCAGUGACGCGAACCUUCGGAUCAGACGGCAUCAAGACUUUGUUCGGAAGGAGUUCUGCCGAGGGCAUCCGGCGUUUGCGAUGCAGCGGGUUCAACCACGUCUUUAUGCUGGAGCUGGGUGGAAAGCUGAUGAAGUGCAUCAGGCCACAUGGUGGUGCAGGGGGCCAGUUCAGUGAAGCCUUGGAAGCAGAGAGGCUACGCCGAUCGAGCCCAAGCCUCUGCAAGGAUCCACAAGUCAUUUUUCCGGAGGCUUUCUUCAUCUGUCAAGACCACGCUUCCUCGGCAUUCAUAUGCGAGGUACUCGUGUUCGAGUACCUCCCAACCUGCCAGUCGGUCGCGGAUGUUUGGAAAAGCUACGAGCGUACACAUCCAUGUGGCGUGCGCCAGCAGGCAUCUGCAUGCUCGGCACACCGUGCCGAUGCUGAGGUGAGGUGCGAACACACAAAAGCUUUGCGGAGCCUGGUGCGUCAAGUAGCAUUGCUCGGGAGGCACUUCCAAGCUAUCCACGGGCGUCGUCAUGGCGACUUCAAGGCAGACAAUGUUCUCAUCGAUCGGCACGGGCGCCUGCACCUGGCCGACUUUCUGAGCCCUUUCUGUGUUUCCUGCGACAGGGAGGAGUUCUGCAAUUCACUUCAGAGCCAACAUCCCUUAUCCCAG